ACUUAGGGCCCGCGGGCUGGCCGGCAGGGAGUGAGGGUAAGUAGCUCCCGCAGCCUGGGCGUGAGGCCGGCGCUCGCUCGGCUGGCGUCGCCCCCUACCGCGCACGGCCGCCUGCCUCCCCCCCGCCGCGCUCGGCCUUCGCUCUCCCGCCGCCGCUGGGAGCGCGCGGCCCCUUUAAGAGCCCAGCUUUGCCUCCCAGUAGCUGAAGGUCAUUAAACACAAAAGCUCUCCAGCGCUGCGGUCCAAUAUAGCGCAUGCGCCCUGCCCGAGGACUGGCAGGGAGACGGCAAUAUGGCGAGAAUGCCUGGCAGCGGCGGCGACUGGAACACCGGCAGCGGCGGCGGCGGCGGCGGGGAGAACAAUGCCGGGGACCGGCCGCCGGGCCGCGGCGGCACCCACCGCCCCCACCACUACUGCAGCGCGGGGGAGGACGAGGACGGGGAGGACGACGAUGAGAUCCAGGAGGUGCAGAUAACGGGGGACGAGGAGGACGGCGCCGAUGGGGGGUUCCUGCUACUGGAAGAGGAGGAGGAGGAGGAGGAGGAGGAGGAAAUGGGGCUGGAGUGGGACGCCGAGGAGGAGCCGCUGGAGCACGAGCCGGUCCUUAUGAUCAGUAUGGACCGGGGCAGCAGCAGGCUGGACUCCUCUUGCGGCGGCGGCGGCGGCGGCCGCCUUGGAGGCGGCUGUGGCGGCGGCAUCGGGGCAGCAGCAGCCGGGGGUGCCCCAGUCCUCCGCGCCCCGGGCGCUAGCGGGGACUCGGACCCGGAGACCGACCUGCUACUGCAGCGCCCCGAGCGGGCCCGGCUGAGCGAGAACACCCGGCUGGCCACCCGCUACGCGGUGCGCAUCUUCCGGGAGUACCUGAGCGAGAAGUCCCAGAGCCCGGACUUCGAGACCCUGGACAAGGGGGCGCUGUGCCGGGUGCUGCGCUCCUUCUACGCCGAGGCCCGCUCCAAGAGCGGCCAGCUCUACUCCAAGUCCUCGCUCAUCAGCAUCCGCAGCUCCCUCAACCGCUACCUCAACGAGCCGCCCUACUGCCGCACCCUGGACCUGACCAAGGACCCCGAGCUGCGCGCCGCCAACCUGACGCUGGCGGCGGUGAUCCGCAAGCUGGAGGAGCAGGGCGCGGGGCCGGUGGUCCAGAAACAAGCCAUCACGCGGGCGGACCUGCGCAAGCUCUACACCUGCAGCGUGUUCAGCACGCAGAGCCCCUUCGGGCUGCUCAACAAGGUCUGGUUCGAGACCUGCAUGUACUUCUGCACGCGGGGCCGCGAGAACCAGCGCGAGCUGGAGGAGGACUCCUUCGGGCUGGCCAUGGACGAGGACGGCCGCAAGUUCGUCUACUUCAAGUCCCUGGGGCCCUACCACAAGUCGCGCUCCUCCUCCUGGAGCAAGAAGCGGGCGGAGAGCAGCGACGAGGAGAACCUGCCCCGCAUGUACGAGACGGGCACCGAGUUCUGCCCCUACUCCAGCUUCGUCAAGUACCUGGCCAAGCGCAACCCGCUCUGCAAGGCCUUCUUCCAGCGGCCGCGGGACCACUGCAGCGAGGGCGACGUCACCUGGUACGAGAACAAGGCCAUCGGCAAGAACCUGCUGGGCACCCGCAUGCAGAUGCUCUCCAAGGCGGCCAAGCUCUCCAAGACCUACACCAACCACUGCAUCGGCGCCGUCUCCAUCGCCACCCUCAACAGCAUCGCCGGCAUCGGCACCAAGCUGGGCGGGCACCACCCGCACCCCGCCGGGGCGGCAGGGGGCUGCUACACCGCCGCCCAGGCCAUCCUCAACGGCGGGCCCCGGCCCCGGCCCCCGCCCGCCCCAGCCAACACCUACAUCCUCCCCAAAGACAGCGACGUCCCCCACGUGAAGGCAGAGGCGGCCGCUGUGACCCCGGCCAAGCGCUCCCUCUACGAGGCGGUGUACCCUGGGGCGGCCGCGGCCGGGGGGGAUGCCUGCGGCCCCUCCUCGUCCCCCAAAAGACUCUGCCUCCGCCCCGCCGAGCCCCUGGACGCUGCUGCAGCCGCUGCCUCCGUGGUGGUGGUGUCGGUGAAACACGACCCCCUGCCUCUCCUCCUCCCCGAAGCCAAUGGGCACAGAAGCACCGACUCACCCACAGUAGUUUCACCUGCUAUUGUUUCCCCCACACAGGACAGUCGGCCAAAUAUGUCAAGACCUCUGAUCACUAGAUCCCCUGCAUCUCCGUUGAACAAUCAAGGCAUCCCCACUCCAGCACAGCUCACAAAAUCCAACGCACCAGUUCAUAUUGAUGUGGGUGGGCACAUGUACACCAGCAGCUUGGCCACGCUUACUAAAUACCCUGACUCCAGAAUUGGAAGGCUUUUUGAUGGCACUGAGCCUAUUGUUUUGGACAGUCUCAAGCAGCACUAUUUCAUUGACAGAGAUGGGCAAAUGUUCAGAUAUAUCUUGAAUUUUCUACGAACAUCAAAACUCCUAAUUCCUGAUGAUUUCAAGGACUACAGUUUGCUAUAUGAAGAGGCAAAGUAUUUUCAGCUCCAGCCCAUGCUAGGUGAAAUGGAAAGAUGGAAACAAGAUCGGGAGACUGGCCGUUUUUCAAGGUCCUGUGAGUGCUUGGUGGUGCGUGUUGCCCCAGAUCUUGGAGAGAGGAUUACACUGAGUGGCGAUAAAUCUUUGAUAGAAGAAGUUUUUCCAGAAAUUGGCGACGUGAUGUGUAAUUCCGUCAAUGCUGGCUGGAAUCACGACUCCACCCAUGUCAUCAGGUUUCCAUUGAAUGGAUACUGUCACCUCAACUCAGUUCAGGUACUUGAGAGGUUGCAGCAAAGAGGCUUUGAGAUUGUUGGCUCAUGUGGAGGAGGGGUGGACUCUUCCCAAUUCAGUGAAUACGUACUGAGGCGAGAACUCAGAAGGACAUCUCGUGCACCCUCGGUCAUUCGAAUAAAGCAAGAGCCUCUGGACUAAAUGGACAUGUUUCUUUAUGCAAAAAAGGGACGUUACAUGUGCAGUUUGGACACCAAACAAGUCCUGGAACUAAAAUUGAAUAAAGACGCCUUUGUAUGAAAUAUAGAGACCACACCUGAAUUAAUAUGGGAACAUUUUGAAUCGUAAUAAUAAUAACCUCAAGGUGUAAUUAUAUGUCAAAAGAUAGGAAAUGCAAACAAAGCAAGGGGGGGAAAAUGGGAAGGUAGGGUUGGUGCUGUGAUAGCCAUUAAGUGUCCUAGGCCUUCUUUAGGCCCGCUUAACGGUAAACAAGCCAUUACCAUCAGGGCGGGAGACAGAGUUCUCCUAUACAUUUUCCAUUACCAGAGAUCCAUCCACUUUCUCAUGUGUAUGUCUUGAUUCAAGUUUAUUUGCAUAUGGAGGUUUAUGUUGGUGUCUUUUUAGAGGUAACCAGGCAGGAGGACUUCAAAAAACAUCCAUCCAUCAACAUUGCAGUGAAAGCUAGUUGACUGAGAUUUUAAACAUAGUCUGUACAGAUGUCACACAUUUUUGUCUGCCCUCACAGAUGUGAAAAGUUAAUUUUUUGGUUUUAAAUGAGUUGAGUUUUUUGUUUUUGCAAUGGGACCAGAAUUAAUACUUGGUAGAGUUGCUCUAGUUUGAAUCAGCUGCUUUUCUACAAUUUUUUUAAAUUUUAUAAUGAUAGGAUACAAUAAACUGUUUAAAAUAAUGAGGGUGUGGAUUAAACCAACAAAAGCAAAAUAAAUUGAAUUAAAAUAAUCAAUCAAUAGCUCACUCUAGCUUCCCCUAGUCCUGUUAGGGUUGCAGAAUAGUAAGUUAUCUUGCAUACAUAGAGCAAGCUGCAGUUCCCAUUCCGGGUAGAGUGAGUUACAGGAAAUAGAUGCUCUCAUUGCCCUAUAUUAAAAAACCUGUCUGGUGCACCCUAUAUUGCUGGUUUACAUUCAACACUAGUUUUUUAAGCUUUGCCUGAGUUUGAAAAGAAGCUAUUGUGGUGAUGGGACCAUUUUCAAUACUGAUAAAACUUAAAAUAAUAAUAAUAAAAGUUUGGCCCAGAGAAAUCAAUCAUGAAAAUAAUGCCAGGUAAAUGUUCUGAAACCUAUAACUAAUAAUAGUCACAUCAUUCCUUUUUAAACAUAGAGUUGGCAGCUGUAACUCUGAAUUACCUUGAUGACUGUAAGUCAGAAUGUUUGUUUUUAACGUUGUUAAUUUCCCUUGUUUAGGGCUAAUAAGCUUCUGCCUAGAAGUGAGACCCUUAUUCUUAUUACUAGGCAGUAACUUUGUACACAGUUAUCCUGCAAGUUAUUCUUAUUGUGCAACAUCUCAUUGAAAUCAAUUGUGCACGUGCCCAGUUGAUGUCAGUUAGACUUUGCAAAGUAAACAUAAUGUGUAAAUGACACUACUGCACAAACUGUUCAUGGAUUGAUGAUUUUAUCACAUAAGAGGCACCAGCAACCACAUUAUCUUUCAUCCAAAGUAUUUCUUUAUGCAAUAUUACACUAUAUGACUGUGUAUUACUAUGGAAAAUCCUAUUGAAUCAAUGGUGCAGGCAUUCCAUUCAUUUCAGUGAGACCUUGCUAUUUAUUUAAAAAAACAUUGUGAAAAGUAAAUACUCCAUGUAACAAGGUUUUUAAUAUAGUUCUGAUAACUGAAAAAAGUAAACCAUUUUUUCUGGUUUUUAUUAACAUUUAGGAGAAGGAGGGAUAUUAGUAUCUUCUGGGCAGUGCAUCCCAUUGUGAUUUGAAAUGAGCAGGUUAUGGAAUCAGGGCAGGGGUGGGAGAGGAACUCCAGAAAUCUAAGUUGGGUAGACAGUUGUAAGGUUUUAGUUUCCUGCUGAUCUGUAGGUAUACACUUAUGAAAGCUGAAAUAGCUGCAAAACAAUGCUUGUUUUCGAGUAAUAGUAAUACUCCUUUUACAAAAUAAAUAAAUGCUUGUACUUCCCCCUUCCCUCCCCCCCAAGUUGGUUGUUAGUUUGCACAGAGGUGGGAAAGGAAACAGCUGAAUCCAUGGGAAAUAAAUAUUGUAACCAAUCUUUAAACUGAACAUAAUUGGAGGUGGUAGAAUAACGGUUGUGACUUUAAAAACAACAACCCACAACCCAGGGAUUGAUAUUUGCAUUGGUGCAAAGUAGUCUGAAAUGGUUGCAACUGAAUCUGAAAAACUUGAAUAUACAUUAUGGCAACUCUGCCAGGCUGUUUGAGUGUAGUGUUGCUACUGGGACCUCUACUUAUUACAAUGCACCUGUCUGUCCUCUGGUCUGUGUAAGCAUAGAGAUCAUUGGGGUGGAUGGGAAAUGAGCAUCAAAAGAAUUCACUUUAUCUUUCCUCUUAAAUUCUACCACAAAACAUUUUUGUUGCUGUUUUUUCAAGUUUCUGGGUUUUGUUCAGAUGGCAGUUUUGUGGCAUACCUGUUCAGCUCCCUGAAGCCGGAGAAACUUCCUGCUCUUUCCAAAUCCCUGAAUGGCCAGAUAUGCUUUCACUGAAUGUUCAUUCAUUAGGAAUUGAGUCAUAAAUCAUUAGGAGACCCUGAAUGUAAAUGUCACUGCAAUUAUGUUGUAGUUAUGGAGUAAGAGGUCACAGACAAAGUAAUGACUAAUGAAAAGUAAUGAGAUGCAGGAAUAAACAAAACAUAGAUUUUUAGAGAGGAAACAGAUUAGUUUUGUGCUCAUGAAGGUCAUGUUUAUAACAAUAUGUCUUUAAAAUGUUGCUUAGAAAAUCUGAUCAGUAGGCACAUGAGCAAAAUAUCCAGUAAGAGAAACAGAAAGGAUGAGUAUAAGGACAGCUCAUUUCUGGAGGCUAAUAAUUUUUACUUGCGACAAUAGUUUUAUUUAUCUAUUUUUUUUAGUAUAACUGUAUUUUAUGCCAUCAGUGGGUGUUUUAUUUAGCUAUACCAAGUGGACAAAUUGCAACGAAUGCCAGCUUCCAACUCUACAUGUCUGGCAGGUUGAUUAAGCAACUAUCAAAGGAACUGCUGUGCAUGUACUCUGAAAAUGACACGUGACACACACCCUUCCUUGAAAUAAAAUUUCAGAGGAGGAAAAACUGACUUCCAAAGAACUGUGAUAGCAUUAUUGCUUUCUGAAAAGUUAACACUGGAUUUUUGCAAGUAGCUCUCAAAGGUUUCACUUCUGAAAUCCAGUACAGUUCUUUCCCAAAUUCAACCUUGAUAUACACUAGGUAAUGCAAGUCUUUAUAUAUAGUGACUCUUGAAACUCUCAGAUCUGAUGAGUCCCUAAACUGAACUAAUCAAUCCUCUCUCCCUUUAAUCAGGUGGG